AUGCCCGCGCCCAUCAUAUUCUACGAUAUUCCAAGCAAGGAUCUCGUCCCAAAAGCUUGGUCUCCCAACACUUGGAAGACGAGAUACACCUUGAACGUAAAGGGCAUCCCAUACAAGACCAUAUGGGUCGAGUAUCCCGACAUCGAAGCCGCUAUGCACAAGAUCGGCGCACUCCCUACCUCGCGCCGCCCCGACGGUACCCCGCUAUACACCCUCCCGGCGAUCUACGAUCCGAACACAGAGACCGUCCUCUCCGAGUCUGCUGCGAUCGCGCGCCACCUCGAUAAAACGUACCCCGACACCCCACGCCUCAUCCCAGCUGGGACAGACGCGCUGCACGCUGCGUUCCACUAUGCGAUUCACUCAGUGGUGGAUCCCGACCGCCGGCCACUCUUCGUCCCUGCAGUCCCCGAACACCUCUUGCCGAGGAGCCAGGCGUACUUCCACACCACGCGUGAGGUGCUUUUCGGCGGGUCGCUGCGGGAUGUCGCGCCUCCGGGUCCCAAGCGCGAGAAGCACUGGGUAGGGUUGAGGAAGGCGUUUGGCACGGUCGCUCAGUGGUUCCAGGCGGACGGCAUUGACAAGCCUUUCCUCCUCGGCGACAACAUCGGAUUCGCGGACAUCACCCUCGCCAGCUUCUUAGUGAGCACGCGCAUCGUCUUCGGUGAGAAUAGCGAGGAGUGGAAGAAUAUCAUGACAUGGGAUAAUGGCCGUUGGGCGAGAUACAUGGACGCGUUCAGCAAGUACGAAGAGGUGGAUGAAGGCGAGGAAGUUGUACUGUAA